CCCUUGCAAUCGUCACCAAUUCAGUAGUAAUUCAAGCAAGUGUUUGGAUUGUUUAAAUGUAAGUUUGUCAUCAGAAGUGGAACAGAGCCUGAGGUCGUAUAACAGCAGUUUUAGAUUAAUUCAUGUUUUAUAAUUACUUCGGUGUUGCCUAGCUACAGUGUGAAUGACAAAAGAAACUGAAAUUAAAACACUUACGAGGACCAUACAAUGCAUACGUUUGCUGUUGUUCAUUGUCACUUAACCUCCCAAUUUUAAAUUAAAUGCUACUGUUCUCUGUUUAAGGGUUAAUCUUUGAGGUUACAAUGUUAACAAAAAAAAAUAGAGCUAUCAGUUCCAUUCAGAUAACCUUUGGUCAUCAGAGGACUCGAAGCAAAGUUGUGACCUUAGGGCUUGAACUUUACAGUCACAUGACCAGCUUGUAAACUGACCUGUGGGGUUGACUGUUGCAUCUAAGCUUCCAGAAACUAGCGCUGGGAAACAUGAGGUGCUUUCUAACUGCUGAUAAUUUGUAGCAAAUAUUUGCAUGGAUGGCUGCUAUGCAAGUUACGGGAGAAGAAUGAAAUGGAUACAUGGGAAGAUGAUCGCACUGAUCAGCGAACCUGCCUUAUCUGUGGAGACAGAGCUACGGGUCUGCACUAUGGUAUUAUUUCAUGUGAGGGAUGCAAAGGAUUUUUCAAACGUAGUAUUUGCAACAAGCGGGUUUACAGAUGCAGUCGAGACAAGAAUUGUGUCAUGUCACGCAAGCAAAGAAACAGAUGUCAGUAUUGCCGACUCCUUAAGUGUCUCCAAAUGGGCAUGAACCGUAAAGCAAUCAGGGAGGAUGGAAUGCCAGGAGGUAGAAAUAAAAGUAUUGGUCCUGUUCAGAUAUCUGAAGAAGAAAUUGAAAGAAUUAUGUCUGGACAAGAAUUUGAGGAGGAAGCUAAUAAUUCAUGGAGCAACAACGGAGAUAGUGAUCAUAGCUCCCCUGGCAAUGGCAUUUCUGAGGGCAACCAACCAUCACCUGUUUCCACUCCUUCCUCAAGCAGAUCCAUGGAACUGAAUGGGUACACUGCACUCAGGGAUCAGUUCAUAGGGACACCAGUCACUGCGCACUAUCAGUACCUGCCGCACCUUUUUAACUAUGCUGCUCAUUCAGGCCUGUUGCCACCACAACCUCGUAACCUAGACCCUCAGUCACAUACUCUUGUAAGCCAGUUGGUUGGAGCUGAAGAUCUUGAACCUCUUGGAACACCAAUGCUGAUUGAAGAUGGGUAUAAGGUAACUCAGGCUGAGCUCUUUGCUUUACUUUGCCGGCUGGCAGAUGAGUUACUUUUCAGGCAAAUUGGCUGGAUCAAAAAAUUGCCAUUCUUCUGUGAAUUAUCAAUCAAAGACUACACCUGCCUGCUAAGCUCCACCUGGCAAGAACUCAUCCUCCUAUCUUCCCUCACUGUCUAUGACCGACAGAUUUUUGGAGAUCUUGCUGAUGUGACUUCAAAAUAUGCACCAUCUGAUGAUGAACUCCAAAGAUUCAGUGAGGAGGGAAUGGAAGUCAUGGAACGACUAAUCUACCUCUUUAGAAAGUUUCAACAACUGAAGGUCAGCAAUGAGGAGUAUGUGUGCAUGAAAGCCAUCAACUUUCUGAAUCAAGAUAUCGGGGGUCUGACCAAUGUGUCUCAAUUGGAGCAGUUGAAUAAGCGAUACUGGUAUGUGUGCCAGGAUUACACUGAAUUCAAGUAUCCACACCAGACCAAUCGUUUCCCCGAACUUAUGAUGUGCCUGCCAGAGAUACGCUACAUCGCAGGUAAACUGGUCAAUAUUCCUUUGGAACAACUGCCUUUGCUUUUCAAAGCAGUUCUGCACUCAUGUAAAGCCAGUGCAAGUAAAGAAUGAGCCAUCGAUGAGUGGCUUUUGAAUUUGCCAUGCCUUACUUUGGUGCCUCAGGUGGAGAGGAAUUUGGAGGGGAAAAGUCGGCCAAGAUUCGGAGAGCAGGGAAAAUCCUCAGGUGGAGAGUGAAACCCUGUGAUUCUGACAGCAGCUAUAUUUUACUUUAUCUAUUUAUUUCACGACAGAGUUGAAUGUAUGAUCUUCAACACAGUGCACAUGCUUCUGUACAAUGCAGUUAAUGCAUUUUCCUUGCAGUUUACGGUGUGUAGGGUGUUAAUGUUACAGUAUUGCCAUUUUAGUUCUAGUUGAAUUUUUUUUAUAUUUUUGGGUGAGGGGCUGAGCAAAAUGUUUUAUUAAGACUACCUCAAUAAUGAGAUGACAUUAGUUAGGUGUCUCUCUUUUCAUUUUCAAAUGCCUUAAGGCUGUCACUAAAGUGGUCCAUUCUGGCAAGCUGCUGCCUUGUUGCAACAAAUCGGUACUAAUUGUAAGCAUAUCGAUUGCAAAUUUUAGUUGCUUCUUCAUUUCCAGUAUUUGCAAGAGCUUUUAUUUUUAACACUUUCUAUAUUUUUUAUGUGGAUGUCGUUUUUUUUUACACAAACUCAGUGGGGAUCCUACAGAAGGAUUUAAAUGUGGAUGGUGCAAUAAAACGCAUCCAGGUGCUCUAACCGUGCUACUUUCAAACACAUAUUCCUACUGAUGAGACUGUCAUAGUUGACUUCUAAUUGGAAAAUGUAAUUGAUUUUCUUUAUAUAGCCUUUUUUAAAACUAACAAUACAGUUGGAAAUGAUGUAGAUGAUUUAAAGAAGCAAUGCCAUCUUGGAUAUUCUUUAUUGUAAACCAAAAUGUCCUGAUGAUAAUACUAGAAUAUUAAUGAUGUCAUUAAGUUUUUUUAGAGUUUCUCCAUGCAGGUCAUUACUACAGCAACAACAGGAUGUUUAGCUGUAUAUUUCUAAAAUAAGAGCCAAAGAUAUUGAAAAUUCAAAACGAUAAAUAUAUUUCCCAUUCACUGUACAUUGCAUUUUUAAAAUGUCAACCAGUAGUAUAGUGUAUGUAAAUCCUUGAUUAAGAAUAACAGCUUAAGGACUUAAAUGGGAGUUUUAAAAUUUUAUUCUCACAUGCAUCAUUUAAAAGAAAGCGAUUUGACUUGAUGCUUUAUUUCAAAUUUUAGAAUGUUGAACUACAAGGCAGCAUUGCUUUCCAAGGUGCAUGCACCUAUUUAUCUUCCCCGUCAACACCACUCUUUUGUGAGUGCUGCUGUCUUUAAAUAACCUACCUCUGCUAACAAAGUAAAAUUGGGUUUUAAAUAUAAAAAUUCUAUGAUUGAUCAAGUAGACUGCACUCAUAAUGGUUUUCUGAUUAAAUAACACCAACUGUGGAAUAUCCUGGAUCUAGUUGAAAUGACACUGUCUUCAGGAAAAACUGUGUGGCAAAUGUUUUCAUUUGGAAACAAAAUGGUGCUGUUAAUUGCAUUGACAACCAAAUGAUGCAAUGCAAUGUGCUCAAAGUGAUGCAUGCUGUCUCACCUCAUUUCAUAAAACUAAAAAAGCUUGCUAAACAUUUUGUCACAAAGAUGUCCUUAUGAUUUAUGUAGCUUCUGCUAAAUCGUUUUAGAUAUAAGGAAACUGAAACUGUCCAGUGAUUUUUAACCCGUUUUGAAAUACAAUGCUGCAUACUGGCUUGGAUCCUGUAGCAGUAAUGACAGCAAAACUACUCAUGUUUGCUAUUAUUACUGGCAGCAAGUUCUAAAAUAUGCAUAUGUGCAGAAGUACGUGGAAAUCCAAAAGUUGCUGACGGUGAUUCCAUGCUUCUCCAAGAGUAUGCUGUUGAGGUCCUCUUCAUCUGAAUUUAAUACCAAUCAAUUAAAUUGAUGAGAACCUUCACAAUCUCACCGUCAGUUUUGCUGUUUCAAAAAAAACCCUUUAAAGAGUAGCACCUUGUUGAAUGAGGCAUAAUUUUUUUUUAAUUAGACCAUCUUUAAAUAAUAAUUAACUCUCACACUGACCCUGAAAAACUAAUUUUAUAUUCAUACAAUAUCAAAUUUCUCUGGUAAAAUUUCCAUAUCUCUUAAAACAAAAUUCUUUAAAAGCUUGUUUAUCUUUGGAUUAAGCUAGAAGCUAAAACAAUCAUAAAUAUUUAUUUCAAUACCUGAAAACUUAAAUUAAAAAUUUUGAAUAUUAACUGGUUUAACUUCCUGUUUUUCUGUGUGUGAAUACUUAAAUUAGCUGCUUUACCUGCUUGAUGUCAUCACUGCUGCAGAACACCAAGCUAUUCCCCAGAUUUAAGCUACCAUUUGGCAAAGAGAAAACUAUGACAGAAAGGUAGCUGAUCUUUGUGGGUGCCUUUCUUCACAGUUAGAGGCUAGUGCCUUUUCUUUGCUGACCACAAAAUGUGGAUAGUUGGGUUUUGCCUGUAAGUAAACAGAGUAUAAUUAUUUGUACAAGCCAAAAACACACUGAAGUCAGUCGAUAUUGGUAAAUCAGCUGAAAUUCAGUGGCUUGAUUCAAUAUCAUCUCAGUAAGCUACAUAUUUAAAUCAUUUCAGUAACACACAUUUGAGAUCACCACCAAUUCACCAUUCUUAUCCCCACACACUUUUCAGGGUAGUUUAGACUUUGGAAAAUAUGAUACAUCAAUGCUACAGCAUGCUACACCCAUUGUUUAGAUCAGAGUGGUGCUGGAAAAGCACAGCAGGUCAGGCAGCAUCCGAGAAGCAAGAAAAUCGACGUUUCAGGCAAAAGCCCUUCAUCAGGAAUAGAGGCAGGAAGCCUCCAGGGUGGAAAGAUGCUACACCCAUUACCUAUUAAUUCCCUUACAUGUAGCUCAUUUAACUUUAUUAGUACAUAGGCAACAGCUACACUCUGAGAUGGCACAUUUUUUGCAGUUAUUCCAUUCUCGAUCUAUCUCUUUUGAAGGAUUCCCUCUGAAGUUACAUGAUUGUUCCCUGUUAUCUGACAAAGUAACUAAGUACUUCCUGAAAUUUUGCUUCCCAUUCACCAAAUUAAUGAUAUUUUGGGAGAUAGCAGACAGAUAUGUGAUUUCAAAAUUAAUGUGUUAAUUAAUCAAAUUAAACAGAAAAUUGCUUAGUGCAUUUUAUAUACAUGCAGUGGAUGAGGAUUUUAAGUGUUGGUUAAGUUUUGGAUUUUAUUAGUGUGCAGUGAACUGUUUAAAAUAGCUAGAGAACUUGUUUACUGAAACCAACACCAGCCCCUGCCAUGCCCCCAACCUUGACCUACUACAUAGAGUUCUAUGUGAAAUCAAUUCUAUAUGACACGUCUUACCACAAUGUUCACAGGGAAGAUUUGUAGGUGCCUUUUGUACCACUAAAUUGUUUUUAUAUUUUUUUCAUUAACUAUAUCAUAAGCAAGAAAACCUUUUUAUGUGAGGUCUUCUUUUAGCUCCCUGUCCUUUAUGAUCUCAUUAAUUCAAUCAUUCCUGCAGUCAGACUCCAGAUAUGCUCAUUUUAAGGCAAAAGAUUAAUUGGUUGAUUAAUGGUUCUUUGUUUCAAAUUUCUGGACUAGUUUCUGAUGGAGAAUAUUUAAGAUUGUUUAAAAGUAUUGACUUGUUUUGCAUAAGUUCCUGCCGGUGUAAUCAGUUUGCAAAAGAAUUGUCUAAAAUGUUCAUGCAUUGAUAUGGAGAUGAUGACUAAAUCAAAAAUCUAACAAUUAUUUUAAGAAUGGCUAUAAUUCUUUUUGGCAUAAUGUGCUCAAAAUAAGCAUACCUGAACUCUUAUAUGCAGGUGUCUUCAUCUUAUUCGCCACCAAGUCUUUUAAGACUUGUUUUAAAACAGGGUAAAGUGAAUGUGUUGUUUGCAUACGAAAAUUACUCAGGUAUUAUGAUGAAAGUAGAUGAACUAGUUUUAGAAGUAGAAAUUUUGAACCACUAAGUAUCUUUUUCUUUAACAUUGCAAUUGAGGGGAACAAUUGAAGGCUGGAUUUUUUUCAGGGAAUCGAUGGUCUAAAUUACAUUAUUAUACAUAGAUUUUAAAAAGUGUUCACAUUUUUGCUUAUUUACACACAUUAAAAAAUGCAAGAUGAACAUUGCUGGGAAAUUGGAAAUAUGAAAAUGUGGGAAACAUUUGCCAAGUAAAAUAGUGGAUAGUUGUUUUCUGGUACUUAGCAGAGCGCUGGCUUUGUACCCUGACUCGAAUGGCACGUCAAUUUUGUUAGACUUUAAUUCUUAGCUGCAAUGGAAACAUUUGUAUGGGAUUUUCUCUGUAUUGAUUCAUAGCCUUUUAUCAUAAUGUGUUGUACUAUUUUAAGUGUAGAGCCAAAUUAGCAGGCUGCUGUGUUAAUACAGAUAUAAUUGUGAGCCCAAACUAGAAAGCUUGGUGAUCUAAUUCAUGAACUAUAAAUUUGGAGCAGUCAACAAAUAUUUAAAUGAUAUGGAGCCCCUUUACUGCCAACCAAUGUAAAGAGCAACAUUGGCACUAAAAACAAAAAAAUCUAUGACCUACUUAAUUUGGAGAAUCUGUUUCAUUUGAGGAAUAAAUAAUAUAUACAGACAAAUCAUAGAAUUUUUUAGCUUUUGCUUUUCAACCAGAAUGUUAUGAAUGAGUAUCACUGAGAACUAAGCAUUUGACUUUAUGGUUAAUUUUAACACUUUAAAAUUGAUAAUUGUGGAACAUGUUGUACCACAUCUGAAGCAGAAGAGGGAAAACCUGCAAUAUCUGUUUAUCAUUUCUACAUCUCACAUUCUGGUAAAUCGCAGAAUGCAAUCGCUGAUGGUCAUAGAACUGUUCUUUUGACAAAUUGUUCCACCUUCCCAGAUAAAUUUGUGCCAUGAAAGCCAUUGAUGAAAGAGAUUCGUGCAUUAAUUUAUGUAUUAAUACAAACACGGAACUGUUUUACUAAGAAACAUUACAAUUAGUUGUGACCAUUCUCCAAACUCUACUUGGUAAAUGUGAAACACAGAAAACAAUAAGUUAACAAGCAAAAAUGAAGAAACUGAAAUGCAUUACAGGUAUCAAGUGUACGGAACUAAAAUUUUGCAUUACUGUGCAUGUGUUUUGGAAUGUAUAUAGAGAGGCAUGACAGUUAGUUGUCAGUUCCAUAUAUUAAUCAAUUUGCUUCAAAUAUAGCAUUAAUCCAGACCUUCAAAGCAGAAUCCCUCUUUAAACUUGAAUUUCAUUUCUACCUUUGUUUUAAUUAUCUUUUACAAGUUUUUUUGUGAAUGUGGGUGAAAGUAAACCACAAAUUAAUUAUUUACUUUUUUAAUUGCGUUAAAUUUUCAAGUUAGAUGUUUGUGAAAAUGUAUCUCUUUCUCAGGAUGAUAAGCGGCAAUCAGUCCUGCUAUGUAUCCUAGAGCAGGAAGGGGGGAAAGAUGGUGUAUAGUGAAACUAAAGAAACAAGUAGUGUUUCUAGAAGAUGUUUGAUCCUAAAUGACAACUACAUUAUAUGGCAACAUAAAGUCUGGGUUUUUCCAAGGGUCAACACUGCCUUGCACGCAAUGCAGUUUAUAGCUCAGGGAUCUAUAUUUAAAUUUGUGACCCACUGGAAAAACUAACUUUAUGCUGAAAGCUUUUUUUUUUGUGGACAAAUUUAGGGCUCAGAAGUCAAAUGCAAGUUAUUUUUUUAAAAAAUCAGCAAUAUUCAUUUAGUUUGAGCCUGAAUGUUAUUUCUUAUCAUUCUUGGCAGUACAAAUCUUACAAUUAGCAGUCAAGGUUGAAUGUUAUUUAUAAAAGCACAUUUAUGACAAUUUUUCAGACUUUUGCUUCAGAAUAAAUAGUCAUUUACUCUACCACUCCAUAAGAUCUUUUGUGUUAUUACACCAAAGAUUUGCCAUUUCCACGUUGUCCUUAAUUUUUGUCAAAAUAUUUCUUCAACAUCAAAUCAUAAACUGAAACCAUCAAGUUUCAGAUUAAUUUAAAUUUAGCUUCCUCUUUCAUUUAUACCAAAAAAUUAUUUUAAAUAUUCUUAGUAAUGUGAAUGCCCAGGUACACUUUACUUUUGCACAAAAGCUAAUUAAGCUGAUGGUUUAUCACUCUGAGACAUGGCAAAUCUUUCUAAUGACUAUUUAAUAUGAUGCAAGAGUUAACUUUUUUGUAUUUUUUUUAAGGGACCAUUGGUGCAGAAGCUCUAUUUUUCAUCCAUUCUUGGCAUAUGUACAUGCUAUACAAGCCAGCAUUUAUCAUCCAUCCCUAGUUGCCCUUGAGAAAGUAGCAGUAGGCUUUCUUGAACUGCUAAUGAAGUAUUCUCAGUGCUAUUAAAUCUGUAAUUGUAAAUCCAGUAUAUUUGAAACAUAAAUUUUGCAAAAUCUUAAACCUCAUGUACAAAUACUAAUACUGUCAAAAAUACUGAGCAAAAGACCAUGAGUCAGGAGUAGCAAUAGCCUUAUCAGCUGGAUCCGUACCAGAGAUCUGUCUCCAUGUUCUGUUCUAUGAAUACAAGCUCCAGCAUUAGUCUUGCAAAAUGAAAGAAUUUCAAUUUAUUACAAUAUUUGUUUAAAACAGUUCACUGGUACUGGAGUUCUUGAUAAUAUGCACAGUACUUUUUACAUGCUUAAUAUCAAUCUAAUCAUACAUUGUAUUUUGACUUCUAUCUUUUAAAAAAACUUGAUAAUACUAGCUAACUAAGAAUAUGAACAAAAUGUAAAUAUUACAAAAUCAAUAUGAUUUAGCAUGAAAAGAAUUGAAAAUUAUUGUGCUACUUAGCAAAACAUUUUUGGCACCCAAAACAUAAUACAUAACAUGUAACUACAAACUGAACAAAUGGAUUGUGAUAGAAUGCUACACAAGUGUCCUGAUGUUUCAUUGUUUAUAAAUAAUUUUAACACUUACGUAGAAGAAUGUUCUGAUAUCCCAAAUAUGUCCAUGAGAAAAGCACAAUGUCUCUGGAAAGCGCCAGUCAAUGGCACAAGGUACCAGAUUAUCUGAGUAUCAGUUUCAUAUUGCUUAUUGUGAAUUGUGUUUUUGUUGAAUUGUGGAAUGUGUCUUGUAAUAGUUGAUGCAUAAUUUACACAAAUGACAGUUUGGAAAAACUACCUCGUGACAUCCUGUUGUUUAAAGUCAUAAAGGGAUAAUGUGGAAAUGUUUUUUUGCUGUUUACAUAAAUUUGGACAUCUUAAUUAAGCACUCUGCUGUUUGAAUGUAUCAGCAUUUUCUUAACAAUUCUGCAUAGCUACUGAUUAUGUUUUAAACUCAUAAUUCUGGUGAAACUUAAUUGUGUGUGUUGGCUGAAGCACACUAACUCAGUUUACUAUGUAAAUGCUGUCUUAACAUGACUGAGAAAAGGAGCUAUUUUUGGUGCUAUUGUAUGCUUAGUACACCUUCAUUUAUUGCUGGACCAUAAGAUGAUCUUGGCUUAUAAGACACUACUUUUAAAUAAAUGAAAAGAGCAGGGUUAAAUGUAUUAAUUUACAAAGUUAAUCCUGUGACAAACACUUCCAUUCUUUUGGAUUAGUUGACCGUUGGUGUGUGUAAAAAGAUUAUUUACAUAAUAAGGGCUAUCUGAGGAACACGCACCUACAGUAGAAUUAUUAUAUUGUUCUUGGCUAUUUCCAAAAAAAUCAAUGAACACAACUUCGUCAUUACAGGGAGAAUUCUCUGCCAGAGCUCAGUUGUUUAGAAAUCUGACGUUGCAGCCUAAUUUUCCAAGGGUGGGGGGGGGAAUAUUCCCUGGUAGGCAUCUUAAGGGUCAGUGAUUAAAUGGUAAUUUAAAUGAGCUGAAUUUGCCACUAUUAUAAUUGAAAAAUCAAUGCCGUUAACCUUAUUUACACACAUUCCAUCGCUAGCUACUCUAAGCAUUAUCGGUGGAGAUGACAGUUAUUACACCUUUCAGUUUAUGUGAAAUUAACUAUUUUUGACUUUUGAAGCCACAGAUCAUAUUUGCCAUUUUCUUGUUUGGCUCUCUGAAUAUUGCUACCUCAUUUAAAUUGAAUCAACAUUUAUUAAUGAAAAUAAAUGUGCUAAUUUAGCUGUAAUAAUUUAAGUAAAUCAUGCAGCAUUCUGCAGCUGCACCCUCAAAAGUGAGUAAUUUUCAGUUUUGAAAUUGAAGCGUUACAUAUAUAGGAAUGUGAAAUUAUCAGCACAUAAGUGAAUGAUCAACAAUAAUAAAUUUGACACUUUUUAAAGAUGCUCAUAUGGCCCCUUAUGGUCUGCAACAUACGCAGCAAUUUGGGGGCAGCACCAAAUGAAGCAUCGCUGCCCUGAACCAGCUCGCCAAUUGUAACUCUUCACAAUCUUAACCUUUCUGCACAACUGCUCACUGAUUUACCGUGUUUCACCUUUAACUAGUAUCUUGACUCUUAAACACAGUUGUGUUGGUAUCAUAUUCAAACAGGCUGAUGGUACUGGUGCUUUGUUGAACGGUGCUCAUCUAAUUCAGCUUAAGUCACUGGGCAUACUUAUUUGACAAAGAACAUUAAGUAUACAGACUAAAACUAUUUAGAACAGCAUUUUCACAUGCAUUGAUAUGAACUCAUGUGCAAUUACCAUAUUUUAGAAAUUGUAAAGUUUUUUUUUAUAUUAUAUCAUGAGUUCUGCAGUGUCUUCCCAUCUGAAAAGAAGCUGCAUCUUCCAGCUUACAACUUCAACAAUUUGACCACUCUUUUAUUAUGAGGGUUAAGGUGUUUCAUAGACUCCAUCACCAGUCGUGUGCAACCUUAGCAAAAAUAAAAGCAGAAAGAUCUAGUAAUUUGUAUAUUUCUUCCAGAAGCUCUUAAAAAAUUAUUCAUGCUAGCAUUCAAAGAAUCUGACAGCCCAGGAGGAAAUCAUUUGACCAUAAUACCUUUGAAAUUAAUAAAUUAGUCCCCUGGUCCUUAACCCUAGCAAGAAGUCAUCCAAUCCAUUUUUAAAACCACAUAUUGAAUUGGAUUUCACCACUUUGGUAAAGCACAUUUUUAUAAUUUGGUAGAAAUCUACUUCAAACAAAAAUUGAAUACUUUGUUCAUUAAACAAACAUUGCAGCAUGUAUACUAGUUCACUAUUAAUUAUCUACUUGAAAUUGAAAGGAUCAUUUUAUAAAUGCCCAGUAUAAAUAAAUCACAUUGAUUGUCGCUCAUCCCUCAACUUCCAUUCCUGUAGUUUGUUUAAUGUGACAUGUAUUUUGAGAAUAUACAGUAGUUUUCCAUUUUUUUCAAUGAAGAAAAUAUGACUUAGCAGCAGGAAAUUCUGUAAUUUCAAAAUAUGCCCCUGAAUCCACACACAAGUAUAAAACUAGCAUCAGCACAUUUUGAUUAUUACUUUGGUUUUCUUGUUUUGUAACAAACGGACACACUAAUAACCAUUUCCUGUUAUAGUUUGAUUUGUUUCACAAAAUUACAUCACUUAUUACAGUCACGAGUUGUUGAGGUGCAAGCAAACUUGUCAUUCCCCAAUGCAUUGUGGAAUAUUAUAGGAUCAAUGAAGGCAGGAAAAACAUUUUAAACUGUGGUUAAAAAUGUUGCUGAUGAUUUGCUGCUCAGUGAGCUUGAAAUACUAUGUCUUAAAAUUACAAUUUAUUUUAAACAAUCUGGAUGCAUUGUUCCUUGAUAUAAAUUGCAUCAAGUACUGCUGGUUCCCACUUGCAACAAUAUAACCAAUGAGCUACCUUUUCUUUGUCAGAAAUAGUUAAACAUGUAAACUGAAGCUGAUUGGUUCUUCAAAAAAAAUUAAUUACAGAACAACCUAGGUUAUCUGAACAAGAUUUCAAGGUUCCCGUAAAAACUUUAUCCGUUAUCCAAACAAAAUACUCCCCACCUGUAUUGUUUGGAUAGUCGAGGUUGUUCUGUACCACAAAAUAUGGUCAGCUUACACAGUUUUAAAAAAUUCUAGCUUUUCCCAAGAUCCCUUGAAUAUAUCAGGGAGACAUGAUGUCACUUCAGUUUAACCUUUUGAUAGCAAACAUUUCUCUUUCAGCUAUAAAAGGAUCUCUGCUUAUUUACAUCGAGUACAGGGCAACAGAAUCAAACUUCAGGUCUUUUGUUGUUUUUUAAAAAGGUGUACAACAUUUUUUCCCAUGUAUUGGAAAUUGUGAAAUGUCAUUAUGGCUUCUUUACAGAUUUCUGUUUGCUCCACUCUAUAACUUGACUACCUUUUGAGAAAUAUGUGACCAAUAAGUGUUAAAGCAUGUUUAGAAUGUUAGAAAUUUGAAAAAUAAAUGUGAAUCAACUUAUCAAGGUAAUCCAUUUUGUGGAUUGUGU